GACCGGAAGGAGUCUAGUCCUCCCGCCAAUCAGAGUCACCCCAUUGUCUGAAUGCGGAAGUUUGACCAUGAGCUUCUGAAGCUGCUGCUGUUUCUCUGAAAGAAGAUCGAGCUUCACCCCAGAACCCCACUUCCUUCCUCUGUCCAAUAUCUAGUAUUUGAAGAUCUGAAGAUGCAAGUCUCAAUGAACAGAUGAAGGCCUGAUGCCUGAAAUGUUGACUCUCCUGCUUCUCAUGCUGCCUGACCCACUGUGCUUUUACAGCGCAACACUUUUUGACACUGACUCUCCCGCGUCUACAGUCCUUAUUUUCACGUCAAUAUCUGACAGUCACUCAAUUGAUCAGGACAGCCACGAUUUUUGACUAUAAUUCUGUGAGAAGGAGCAAACCUUUUUGGUUCCUGUUUGAGUAAGUUUUCAUUAUCAGUGGGCCUGGAUGAGAGACCCAACUGUUGCUGCCCACUGAAUGUGGAGCCUGAAACUGUUAUACGGCCUGGAAAGAGGAAUUCCCAGCAGUGAGGGGAAGUACAUGCGUUUGAUUGUAGCUGAAGCUUCGGACAUGGAGAAACCGUGGAAGUGUGAUAACUGUGGGAAAGGCUUCCGUACUCCGUCUGACCUGGAGAUUCAUCAGCGCGUCCACACGGGGGAGAGGCCGUUCUCCUGUCCUAAGUGCGGGAAGGGCUUUACCCAGGUCUCUGCCCUGCUUAGGCACCAGCGGAUCCACACGGGGGAGAGGCCUUUCAGUUGCCCCGAGUGUGGGAAGGCCUUCAGCAAUUCCUCCACCUUGCAGACCCACCGACGAGUCCAUACGGGAGAAGGGCCCUUCAGCUGUCCCGAGUGUGGGAAGGCCUUCAGCUAUUCCUACCACCUGCUGAGGCACCAGCGGGUCCACACGGGGGAGAGGCCUUUCAGCUGCCCCGAGUGUGGGAAGGCCUUCAGCAAUUCCUCCACCUUGCUGACCCACCGGCGAAUCCAUACGGGAGAGAGGCCCUUCAGUUGUCCUGAGUGCGGGAAGGCCUUCAGCAAUUCCUCCACCUUGCUGACCCACCGGCGAGUCCAUACGGGAGAAGAGCCCUUCAACUGUCCCGAGUGUGGGAAGGCCUUCAGCUAUUCCUCCCACCUGCUGAGGCACCAGCGGAUCCACACGGGGGAGAGGCCUUUCACUUGCCCCGAGUGUGGGAAGGCCUUCAGCAAUUCCUUCACCUUGCUGACCCACCGGCGAGUCCAUACGGGAGAGCGGCCCUUCAGUUGUCCUGAGUGCGGGAAGGCCUUCAGUUAUUCCUCCGCCCUGCUGAGGCACCAGCGGGUCCACACAGGGGAGAAGCCCUUCAGCUGUCCUGAGUGUGGGAAGGCCUUCACCCGCUCCUCCAACCUCCGGAACCACCAGUUUGUCCACACGGGGGAGAGGCCAUUCUCCUGCCCCGAGUGCAGGAAGGGCUUUACCCAGGCUUCCUCCAUGCUGAGGCACCAGCGGCGCCAUACGGGGGAGAGGCCAUUCAGGUGCCCUGAGUGUGGGAAGGGCUUUACCCGGGCCUCCAUCCUGCUGACUCACCAGCGGGUCCACACUGGAGAGAGGCCAUUCCCCUGCCCAGAAUGCAGGAAGGCCUUCAGCAAUUCCUCCCACCUUCUGACCCACCAGCGUGUCCACACGCGGGAGAGGCCCUUCAGCUGUCCCGAGUGUGGGAAGAGAUUCAGUCAAGUGGGCACCUUGCGGAAGCACCAGCUGCUCCACGCCGGGGAGAGGCCCUUCAGCUGCCCCGAGUGCUGGAAAGCUUUCAGCGAUUCCUCUGCCCUGCUGAGGCAUCAGCUAGUCCAUACCGGGGAGUGGCCUUUCAGGUGCCCCGAGUGCGGGAAGGGCUUUAGCGAUUCCUCUAAUCUCCAGACCCACCAGCGGGUCCACACGGGGGAGAGACCCUUCAGUUGUCCCGAGUGCGGGAAGGCCUUCAGCGAUUCCUCUAAUCUUCAGACCCACCGGCGGGUUCACACGGGGGAUAGGCCCUUCAGUUGCCUCAAGUGCAGGAAGUGUGGGAAGGCCUUCAGCAAUUCCUCCGACCUGCUGAAGCACCAGCGGGUCCACACAGGGGAGAGGCCAUUCUCCUGCCCUGACUGCAGGCAGGCCUUCGGUGAUUCCUCUGCCCUGCUGACCCACUGGCAGGUCCAUACAGGGGAAAGGCCCUUCAGCUGUCCUGACUGCGGGAAGGCCUUCAGCAAAUCCUCUGACCUGCUGAAGCACCAGCGGGUCCACACGGGGGAGAGGCCGUUCUCCUGCCCUGAGUGCGGGAAGGCCUUCAGCAAUUCCUCCAACCUGCUGACCCACCGGUGUGUCCAUACAGGGGAAAGACCCUUCAGCUGCCCAGAGUGUGGGAAGACCUUCAGCAGUUCCUCCUACAGGCUGAACCACCAGCGGGUCCACACGGGGGAGAGGCCGUUCUCCUGUUUAGAGUGCGGGAAGGCCUUCAGCAAUUCCUCCAACCUGCUGACCCACCGGCGUGUCCACACGGGGGAAAGACCCUUCAGCUGCCCCGAGUGCGGGAAGGCUUUCAACAGUUCCUCCCACCUGCUGACCCAUCAGCGGUUCCACACUGGGGAGAGGCCGUUCCCCUGCACCGUGUGCAGGAAGGCUUUUAGCAAUUCCUCCAACCUGCUGAACCACCAGCGGGUCCACACGGGUGAGAAACCCUUCACCUGCUCUCAGUGUGGGAAGGGUUUCACCCGCUCCUUCAACCUGCGGAGCCAUCAGCGAGUUCACAGGAAGGAAAAACCGUGGAAGUGUGAUAACUGUGGGAAAGGCUUCCGUACUCCGUCUGACCUGGAGAUUCAUCAGCGCGUCCACACGGGGGAGAGGCCGUUCUCCUGUCCUAAGUGCGGGAAGGGCUUUACCCAGGUCUCUGCCCUGCUUAGGCACCAGCGGAUCCACACGGGGGAGAGGCCUUUCAGUUGCCCCGAGUGUGGGAAGGCCUUCAGCAAUUCCUCCACCUUGCAGACCCACCGACGAGUCCAUACGGGAGAAGGGCCCUUCAGCUGUCCCGAGUGUGGGAAGGCCUUCAGCUAUUCCUACCACCUGCUGAGGCACCAGCGGGUCCACACGGGGGAGAGGCCUUUCAGCUGCCCCGAGUGUGGGAAGGCCUUCAGCAAUUCCUCCACCUUGCUGACCCACCGGCGAAUCCAUACGGGAGAGAGGCCCUUCAGUUGUCCUGAGUGCGGGAAGGCCUUCAGCAAUUCCUCCACCUUGCUGACCCACCGGCGAGUCCAUACGGGAGAAGAGCCCUUCAACUGUCCCGAGUGUGGGAAGGCCUUCAGCUAUUCCUCCCACCUGCUGAGGCACCAGCGGAUCCACACGGGGGAGAGGCCUUUCACUUGCCCCGAGUGUGGGAAGGCCUUCAGCAAUUCCUUCACCUUGCUGACCCACCGGCGAGUCCAUACGGGAGAGCGGCCCUUCAGUUGUCCUGAGUGCGGGAAGGCCUUCAGUUAUUCCUCCGCCCUGCUGAGGCACCAGCGGGUCCACACAGGGGAGAAGCCCUUCAGCUGUCCUGAGUGUGGGAAGGCCUUCACCCGCUCCUCCAACCUCCGGAACCACCAGCGACUUCAUAUGCCAUCGCAGGGAGACUGACAGCGACUGCCGAGUGCCAUUAUCGACUGGACUAUCCACCCAGUUCUGGGAUCUGUUGGGUUUGAAUCUCAUCGCGGCAGAUGGUGGAAUUGGAAUUCGGUCAGAAUCUAAUGAUGAAACCAUUUUCUGGUGUUGGGUGGGGGAGAAAACCCCAAUCUGAUUCACUCACGCCCUUUUUAGGGAAGGAAACUGCUGUUGUGGGAAAGGAUUCACUCAGUCGUCCCAGCUGCAUCCUUUACCCGGUCUGGCCUACACAUGACUCCAGACCCACAGCAGUCUGUUUCACUCCACACUGCCCCCGUUCAUGGACCCACGGGUUAAGGCUGUACCAAGGAUCCAAUUACCAGGAAUAAAGAGUGCUGACCAAGAGUAAAGAAAAUGGGGUGGGGUGGAGGGAGGGGGAGUUUGUGCGCUUUGACCUUGAGUUGUUUAAAAAGCAGCUGCUUUCUCUCCCCCUUUUUGCUGGGGGAGAUCUGAAGCUGUAACAAAAUUGGGUCACAAUAAAGAUUACC